CUAACCUCAUCCUUCAGGUCUUCCAGUGGUGUGACUGAAUUCACUUUUUCAGGUUUCACAGAUCAUCCAGAAUUGCAAGUUGUUCUCUUUAAUAUAUUCUUGGUGAUUUAUAUCAUCACACUGAGUGUAAAUCUAGGGAUGAUCCUGUUGAUCAACAUGGAUCCCCAGCUACAUACUCCAAUGUACUUCUUCCUCAGCCAUUUGGCCUUCCUGGAUGCCAGCUAUUCUACCUCUGUCACACCCAAGGCAAUGGCAGACUUUUUAGCUGAGAAGAAAACAAUUUCAUGGGCUGGAUGUGUUAUACAAUUCUUUAUAUUUGUUGCAUUGGUGACUACUGAAUUGUUCUUGCUAUCCGUCAUGGCGUAUGAUCGAUAUGUGGCCAUUUGCCAUCCAUUGCUUUAUUCCAGAAUUAUGUCCAAGAAAUAUUGUGUUUCCUUGGUGGUUGGUGUCUAUGGCUAUGGAUUUGUAAACUCUAUGAUCCAAACAGCAUUAACAUUCCAGUUAUCUUUCUGUGGUCCAAAUUUAAUUAACCACUUUUACUGCAGUGACCCGCCACUUCUAGCUUUAUCCUGCUCUGACACUCGGCCAAAAGAAAUCCAGCUUUUUGCCUUCAGUGCUAUCAAUUUAACUGGGUCCCUCUGCACAGUCAUUAUAUCCUAUAUCUAUAUUCUGAAUGCCAUCUUUGGAAAACAUUCUACUAGCAGAAGGCACAAAGCCUUCUCUACCUGUGCCUCUCACCUGACUGCUGUUGUGAUUUUCUAUGGCACCCUCUUCUUCAUGUAUGUGCAACCAAGCUCUUCUCAUUCUCUGAAUUAUGACAAAGUGAUUUCUGUGUUUUAUGCUGUUGUGAUCCCCAUGCUGAACCCCCUUAUCUAUGUUUUGAGAAACAAAGAAGUUAAAGGAGCCUUGAGAAGAAUGAAGGUUAAGAUAUUGCUUUCAUAG